AUGGCAUUGCUCGAGGCCGCGGAUUUGACCGAGGCAGCUGCGUCCGAGUACUUGCUUCAGGGCGCCGACUUGGCGUGCCCUACGUUCUCCGUGCCCGGCAUGGCGUUCAUGGUGGCCACGCCGAGGGUCAGUUUCAUUGCCAGCAUGCAGUACGAAGAAUUCGUUUACAACGAACCAGUGGGUCACGGCCAGGGCUACCAGCCGGCAGACGGCGGGCUAUCGCCGUACGAUGAAGAUGAGUUCGGGAAGGCGUCGCCCGCCGAGUCUUGGCUUGCGGCUGACGAAUCCCAGGUACUGUCGCUGGACAGUGAACGUGUUCCUGCGCUCAACGAUGCCAUAUCCGAAGCAGUUCGUGCGGAGUCAGGUGCAAUAAAUUCACGGCUAGACAAUCUCGAGGAUCGCUCCCGUCGAGAUAACCUGAUUUUUUUCGGUAUCCCGGACACUAGCUCUGAAACAUGGGCAGAAUCUGAAGAACACGUUCGAAAAAUUCUUUCAGAAAAACUGGAUCUAUCUUUUCCCGACGAAGGUAUUCAUCGUGCUCACAGACUGGGCUCGUACGUCUCAGAGAAAUGUCGACCCAUUAUAGUUAAAUUCGGUUCUCCCAAAUUAAGAGACAAGAUUAUAUCGCAACGUACGAAGUUCAAAAAUUCCAAAGUAUCAUUCAGCGAAGACUUCUCUCGCGCCACACGCCAGUCCCGCAAAAAGUUGGCUGAUUUCGGUAAGGCUUCGGGAGAGAAGUAUCUCUUGCGGUUGAAUCGAUUGUUCAUCAAGAAAAAGUGCUACGUCUGUUGUUCAUCCACCGACCGUGUUUGUGAAGUAGAUAUUGCCGAAAAUCGUUCCAGUGAGAACAGAGACACAUCUGCUUCGGCUUCCACGAAUACUGUCGGGAAUACCUCAUUCGCCGGUAGUAGUUCAUCGCUGUAG